UCAUCUGAGAAUGAGCCGAGCAUUUCUCCUGCUGGCUCUCCUGAUCGGAGCUCACAGCUUUGACAUAAAGCAAAAACCAAACUCUAAAAACCAUCAGGACAUCACUAGCAUGGCCAUCCUGCGCGCCACCGCCAACAUCUGUAAGAGCGCCGACGAAAGCUUCGAAACGCCAAAACAACUGAAUCCAAAGACGCUCGCGCUGGCCUGCAAAAAAGACGCCUUUACAAGCAAUUUUGAAGAGGGUAUAAAGAUGAUCAUCAGCCACAACGUCAACACAGACCUCAAGUAUCUCCUCGUCGCAAAGUAUCACUUCCACAGCGAGAGUUUUCUGGACGGGAAAAACCUGAUCAUCAAGGGAAUGGAGAAGAUCACAGAGCUGCUGAAUCAGCAGAAGUUUGAAGAGGCACGAAAGACUCUCGGGGAGAUCAUGCACACUCUACAGGAUUUCUACAGUCACAGUAACUGGAUUGAGCUGGGAUACACUGAGCCUUGCACUGCCCUCAUCAACUUAGAGGAAAACAUUCCCAACCCUGCAGAUGAAAACACUGACACGUGUGAUAAUACUGUUCCUGAUACAAACACUGGGGCAAAACUGCUGGACACCGUUUUACAAAACAAGAUUCUGACUUCAGGAUACUUCGGGAAAUCCAAAAAACCUGGAAAGUGCAGCCAUGGAGGAAAAUCAGACUUCACAACUGGCUUCAGGAAAAGCUGGAACGGCAUCAAUAAAGACGCCAUUGACUCCAGUCACGGUUUACUGCAUAAUCAAGCGGCAGAAGUUGCCAUCGCUGCCACCGUGCAGCUGCUGGAGAAAAUCUGGAAGAGUAAUAAUGAUGCCAACUACUUCAGGCUGGUGGGGCUUCAUCAGGACAAGCCGAAGGGAGGUUGGAAAAGUCGCUUCUCUAUCUUCAGCUCCAAAUCAAGAGUUUCAGACGCAAGCGAGCAAAGAAAUGAAAACGCUGAUGUUUAAGACCAGUCACUGAAAACCUCCUGUCCAUGCUCAUAUCAAUAUUGUCGAAUAAAUUCUGCUUGCUUGUUGC